CAACAGCUUCGGUUUGUAGUUUAGUUACGCCGGUGGAGAUUCCUGUGUUUUAAUUGAUUGAUUGAUAGUCAUACUCAUGUGGUUAUUGUUUUAUAAUCGCUUUUUAGCCAAUACGUAUACGUAAUCGAGUGAGGAUUAAACUUAACAGUUAAGGUUUAAAACAGAGCUUUAUGUAAACGAAGUCAUAUUUGGUUCAUUUCAGUUUGUUGUCUCAAGUUAAACAUCAUUUAACUGGUGGUAUAAUUGAACAGGCUUAAUUUAUGUAUAAUGACACUAUGACAGCAUUGGUAAAUCUUCGUAUGUGUAUCUGAUGUGUUUGUUUUAAUAUCAAACCCAUGAUAGUGCAAAAGCCUGUAGUUCUAGUUUGUGGAUUGAGCUUUUUACGUUGUAUAGGUUAAACACACAUCUGCUGGCAUUUUUAUUGCAACGGUCGUUUACGCAGUUGGUUCAGCCUGGUUUACUGUGUAAAGGUGUAUAAGGUGCUGGAUGCAUUGUCAGCAUACGCAAUUCAUUAUCGCAUUGUUUGUUGACAGACUUGUACUGCGCUGGGUGUUAGAAUUGUAUCUCGACUUUGUAGGUCUGAUUCUUAUUGUGUCUUAUUGCUUUGUUGGUAUAUCACGCCGGCGGCAGGCAGUGCGGAAAGUGUCCAAUUACCAGGAAACGUCAUCUGCUCGUGCGAAGGCCGUUCCGCAUGAUUGGAGCACAUGCGAACUGUCAGCUUACCAACUGCAAAUAACACGGUGCAAUUCAUGUGUAAACGCUAACUUAACAGUGUCCACAGAUAAGUUCCAGUUUCUGACAGUUUAGAAAGCGCAGGUUGUUAGAAAAUGCAGUUUGAAGUUGGAAAACUUAAACUGCAUUUUCUAACCGUCACUGCCUGUUUGCAUGUUAACAGGCAGGACUAACUUUUGUUGUUGUUGUUGGCGUUUUGUUCGAGUUAUACUUAAUGCUGCAAUCAUUUCAUUGAAUAGUAGAAAGAGUAAAUAAAUUGUUACAUCAUGAAUUGUUGUGUCCGUAAUUGUUCUGCUAUCCUGUUACUUAUUCUCGGAAUGGUCACGACUAUUAAUUGCAGCUCUCACGUAAAUUGUCAAGAGAGCAGAGGUAACGCGAUCAGCAACCGGCAGGACGAGCUUCACUGUUGUAAUGAAACUUUUAACUCUUUUUCGAAAAACUGGCACAACGAGGCUGAUUAUCUCACCGAAACGCUGCAGUCGCUCAAAGAUUGGAGCUGCCCACAGUAUAACGCGGAGUGCUCAAAGCCCACGUUUAAUUUCAACGACUUCACGGCGUUAGUAUAUCACAGAUCGUGCAACCGCACAUUGUUUGAGUCUCGGUGUUUGGACUCUCUCAUGCGUGCUUCAUCCGCGAGGGGAGUGAGUGGUUCUAUUUGGUCAAAUCUGCUCCGUGAUUUAAGGACAUUCCAACUUAGUCAGGAUGAACUGCGUGAUCCUUGCAUCCAAGUUGCUUUGUACGACGCCGCAGUGCAGGAACGUGGGAAGUACGGAUACUACCAUGAGAUGAAGAGAGUAUUCAUUCCGUUCUGUAAAUUUAUUUGGUGCGGAUUGGACGCAGAAAACAUACAUGACCAUUCGAUAUCUGCCUGGCUUUGUAUUCCAACUUUCUGUCGAACCAACAUUAUCAUUUCAAUCGUCGUUUGCUCAAUUUUGAGCAUUUGGAACGUGGUGGCAAACAGUAUCGUUCUUGUUGUGUUCUUCAAGCAGAAGCGCUAUACCAGCAGUGCUGGAAUAUACAAACUAUCCAUCGCGCUUGCUGAUAUUAUGGUCGGCUUGUUCAUUUAUCCAACUUUUGCAAACAAUAUUUCAAAAAUAACGAUGACCUUAGAAAAGAUGGGACCAAGUUCGAAUACCUCCUUAGUACCCGGCGUACGUUUCGACUCCGUGCCCCACUUGCCUGGUGGUGACGUGUGGGCUAACUUUGACCAACCUUACCUUAACUUUGUCGGAUUCUUCACUUCUAUGUAUUUAACCAUUACAAUCUUUACGUUGAUGGUUGCUUGCAUUGACCGCUUGGUUUACGUUCGUAACUCUAGGACGUAUUCAAACCAGAGAUCGACUUUCGUUGCCAAGAUUGCCAUCGCUACAUCGUGGGUUGUUGCUAUUAUAGUGGCCAUAGUGCCUUUCUUCGUUGAUAGAUACAAUUUAAUCGCUUCGGUUAUGGUCCUCUCAUCCGGUGCCACGUCACUCUAUCUUUACAUCAUUGGCUACGUCAUACCACUUGUAGUUCUCUGGGUUGGUGGGAUCGUGCUUCUUAUCCUUACGAUAAUCAGAUCGAGAAAAAUAGCAACUGAAGCCCAAACUGAACAGGAAGCACAGACCCGCACGAUGCAAAUAAUGAUGGGAGUUUUCUCACUAAACCUCCUGAUCGGACUCCUCUCUGCUGGAGGCUCUUUUUUCCUUGAUAACAUAGACCACGCAUCACCUACAACAUUGGACCAGAAUGCAGCUUCAACUUUCUCGUCGUUCGAGUUUGUUGCGAUCUUAUUUAUCGUCAGCAACAGUCUAUGGAACUUCUUCGUUCACUUGGGUCAGGACGCUCGGUUCAAGUCAGCGCUGACCUCAUGCGCUUGCUCGGCAGCUGCGACACCCGGAGUUCUUAGUCCCGAUUCACCGUCUUCUUUUGGCAUGAAGGGCACCAACCUCGGUUAUACUAACAGUAGCAUGGUCGGGUCUGAUGUAAUGUCGUCUGAUUCUGCUGUCGAUAAAUAGGCGGAAAAAUGGAUUUUAACAUUUAUCUUGCAGCACAUUCGAAAUGUGACGGCAUUCUUUUAAUUGCCACUACGCGUUGUAAUUACUUAUUUUAAGAACCAAAAUUCUAACACAUGUAACUGUCACUAAUACUUUACAUUUGUGCCAUCCUUCUCCUUAUAACCUGCGUGCGUAGAACUAAUCAGAAUAAAUUUUGAAUCAGUUUUAGCACGAAUAA